GCGUGGCACGGCGGGUGCGGGGCUCGCGCGGCUGCUGCUGCUGCUGCCGGGGCGGCGGGAGCGGGACCGGGACCGGGGCCGGGAGCGGGACCGGCAGCGGGCAGAGGCAAAUUGUGGAGGGUGACGGACAAGAACAAGUCGGGAAGAGAAGCUGUUGAAAGGAGAUGAAAGUGCGGAGACCAGCCGCUGGAUCUGCCGAGGGCUCGCUUGGACACUGUUGCUGAAUUGGGUUGGCAGCUUGACAAGGUCGCCUUGCCUGGGAGGAAUAUUUCCCCCUCCAACUUCAAUCUGGCCCUGAAGAUCCUACGUGGAUCCUAACCAUCCAUGCUAAAAACCUACCUGGAGCGCAGGCUUGCUCCGGCACGUGAGUUGGGGGACCUGUCGCCUGCUCCCCAGAGCUGAAAUCCAGCCUCCUAUUUCACACGCACCAGAGUAUGAAGAGCCAGGGUAGUGGGAGCUGACCGAGGGAGACCACCCUGGACUCCGCCGGCGAUUUCAAUUUCCAAGCACGUAAUUAAAUCACAUCGACUCUCUCUACCACUGACGGGCUGUGGAUUUAUGGAGGCGCCAGGAAGCGGCUUUGAGUAUUGCCACGCGCAGCAUCGUGCCCGGUGAGGAAGAGACGUCACCGGCUCGCCUGGCCCCGUGUCCGUGCCCUCGGGUUUAACCAUUCAAGGCCCCCGUGCAUGGCUUUCAUGCCCAAGGGACUCCUGCUGGCUGCAGCCGCGGCCUGAUCUGCUCCAGGCUCCCGUCGCUGCUCCCAAAUACUCCACGUAUCCAGAUGGGGUAACGUGACGGAGGAAGUGGCACGCGAGGAGCUCACCCAACGCAGAGGCCUUUCGGGAGGGAGCCUGGCGGCCAGGCAGGCGGCAGCCCUCCAUUGCACACACGAAGGGAACUGACACUACAAAAAGGAAGACUGUCGUGGACUGUCAUCGUUAAUAUUAUUUGGCUUCUGGCACGGGGGGUCUCGGUGCGGGCCCGGUGCUGGGAAUAUUUGCACAACGUUUGUUCUGAAUCUCCCUCCCCGCACGCGCUGCUCCCCGCACCAACCACUGCACCAUGGCCCGUAUGAAUCGGCCGGCGCCCGUGGAGGUCUGCUACAAGAACAUGAGGUUCCUCAUCACCCACAACCCCACCAAUGCCACGCUCAGCACCUUCAUCGAGGACCUGAAGAAGUACGGCGCGACGACGGUCGUGAGGGUCUGCGAGGUGACCUAUGACAAGACCCCGCUGGAGAAGGACGGCAUCACUGUCAUGGACUGGCCCUUUGAUGACGGCGCUCCUCCCCCCAGCAAGAUCGUGGAUGACUGGCUCAACCUGCUGAAGACCAAGUUUUGCGAGGACCCCGGCUGCUGCGUGGCGGUUCACUGCGUGGCUGGCCUGGGCCGGGCCCCAGUUCUCGUGGCGCUGGCUCUGAUUGAGAGCGGGAUGAAGUAUGAAGACGCCAUUCAGUUCAUUAGACAGAAGCGCCGGGGAGCCAUCAACAGCAAGCAGCUCACCUACCUGGAAAAGUACCGGCCAAAGCAGAGACUCCGAUUCAAGGACCCUCACAACCACAAGAACAAAUGCUGCAUCAUGUAACCUCGACGACCUCUUGCCAAAACAACCACGUGCAGACACACAACCCAACACGCGCGCGCAGGGCUGGGCAGCACCCGCGUUCCUGUGUAAAGGGGCACGCUCUCUCUCAAAUGCCACCACACCCUUGGCAAGCUGCAGCCAAGGAGGGAGGCUGGGUGUGCAUUUGACCCUGGGCUUUCAUGGACAAUUUAGCGUGGCCCACUUCCCCAUCCUCUCCUUCCUUCUGUUCCACCUACCAUCUCCCCACACACAGAGUCAGGACCUAAGUCCAUCGGGAUGCUUGGCUGGAAAGCAACCCUUUUAAAUCCCUGCAAUAAGAGCCUGAUCCUUCCCUGUCCAGGCCCAGGAUGUCAUGGCGAGGGAAGGAGCGGAGCUGCAGCUGGGAACUCAACAGCCACAAACCAGCCCUGGAUCAAAUGCCCAUUGAGGCUGGAGCCACCCAGCUGAGCCCGUACAUGGGAUCUGCUGGGUUGUGCCCUGAGAUCGUGUUUGCAUGCCAGGCACAGCUGUCCAUCCUCCCUUCCUUCCCUUCCCACUCCAAACACACGCACGUGUGCACACACCCACCCUUCCCCAUGCCGGGGGCUCACCUCACACCGAGACCACACGCGGCUGCCUUCUGUCCCGGGCGGGCUCCCUCGGAGCGGGGCACCGGUCGGUGACUUGGGCCGGGGGGGUGAGGAGAAGCAGCGUAUGUACAGACCGCCACCCCGUGAAUCGCUGACCUUGCCCUUAACUCGGCAGAGCUGAGCUCUCCGGCUGGAGAGUCUGUGCUAAGGGGACCUCUUCUCCCUCACCCUCCUUUAACGGAGAGCACACGGCCCUCCUGGAAGCUCUUUUCCUCCGACUUUAAAAUGCGUCCGUCUUGGGGAGGCGGUGUGGGCACAGGGGCUGCCGGGGGUGUGCAUCAGAUCCUAUGGCCCUAAAGGGUCUCCUUGCUCCUUGCUGGGCUGGAAAACCAGCAGAAAGGCUCAGCCCUCAAGAUACAGGGUUGAGUGCUGAUUCUCUUUCCAUACUCUCUUAGCCCAGCAAGUGACCCAGCAGCUCCCUGCGUGGGCUACUAUCCCCCCCAUUACCCCAUGGCCCUGCAGGUCUUUCACAAGAGGCUAGUAGUAGCUGCUCAAGGGGCUAGUAGCCACUUUCUGGCUUUCCCGGUGGGCCGUGUAACACAGGGAGACCCUUCCCUGCUUGCAUGCGUGCUGUGGGCUUAGAGAAAGAAGUGCAAUACUCGAGGGGCACGCCCUGCCUCCUGGCCAGAGCUAGGCCAGCUCCUCGUGCCGAUGCGGCCGUGACGCCAAGACAGCUCUGGUUGCUCGUGGGUGGCCGGGCAGCACGGAGGCCCCGCUCUGGUUUUUUAACGCAUCCUUGGUUCAGAGGGGGGAGAGCGGCAGCGCCCUGUGCAGCCCCCUCCCUUGAGCACUGUCUGUGUGUCUGCUGGCAUUUCUAAGCUUUUUAUUAAAGGCACAAGCUUUAAAAAAAAAAAAAAAAUGUAAAAAAAAAAAAAAAGUAAAGUGAAGAACCUGUUUAAUUUGCUGCCGGUCUGAUGACAGGGACAGCUGCUACCACAGGUGCCCUGGCGUGGACUGAGCCACCUGGAGGCACCUGAUGUGAGCAUUGCCACUACCACUUUGCUUUGCCCAUGGAAGUGGGCUGGGAGGGGGGUUGUAAGCAGGAAGUGCAAAGUACCCAGGGCUGCUAGUGGCAAGGCCGGGCCCGUGAUGGCGCUGCUAGCACGGGGGAUGGAUCGGAGGAUAAAUGGCCAGAGCACCCCCCUUGCAGUAAAUGCCACCGCGUUGUUCCUGCAGUAUCGGCACGGUCAGACGUUGCAUCCGCCCGUUCCUGAGCCGUCUCCAAGCACAUGCCCUUUGUCUCCGCAGCCUGCCCCCGAGCAGCAGCCGCCACGGUCUGCGUGGCCGUAAAGAUGGCACCUCUCUGAGCAGAGGUGCUGCUUAGGUCGGUGCCACGAAGCGUUCAAACACGAGAUGUUUCCGGUGCACAAGAUGUUUCCGGUCACGCUUUUGAAGCUUCGUCCCCUCUCAGACAGGUGCUUGGCUCUGAGUUUCCUCCAGUAUCCUCCUCUCGGGGCUCCCUGCCAGUAGCAAACCACUGACUCUUUCAGCCUCCUUUCUCCUGGGGGAAAUCUGUGAUGCUUUUUCCAGUGAAUACGGGGCAGGUCGAAAGCGCCUGUGUCUUGCAGCAGGCCGGGGAGCAGUGCCACGUCUGUGGCAUCAAGCACUCAUCGUAGUAUUGUAGGUGGCUGCUUGCAAAACACUUUUUCCUGCUGGCAAAAGGUAGGGAGGACUUAGCUCAUUAAAAUGGAAGGCGUUUGCUUUCCACAGGGGCUUUCGUCUCUCCAUGGGUUGUUUCUAAGCAGCGCAGGCACCGCAUGUGGCUGUCGGGCAGGUCCUAGGAGACUCCUGAAGGGAAAGAGAAGUACAACCCCCCCCACACACACGUGCACACACAUGCACACGCAUCCAAGCAGAAGGGAAUCCUCCUCCCCUUCCCAGCCUGCAGAAAUGCAAAGGUAGCAAACGUGCAGAUGCUUUAACCUGCCGGGCUGAGCCAAACCGUUGUGACGUGGGCAGUUCCCAUUGCACGAUGCAUGUCCCAACUUUGUUCCUAUCCUGGGGGAUCCUAGGAAGGGAUCUUGAUCUUGAUCCACCGUAGUAGCACCCACCUGCCUGCUUUUUGUCUCGAAAAGAAGUGUUUGUGGGCCCUGAUGCUCAAGGGCACCUCGGUUUUGGGGGUGCCUGACUUGAGCUGCCUUAAAUGCCCUGACAUUCCCAAAGUGCUGAGCUGCCACCUCUUAAAAACUCAGGCAUCUUCUUAGCUCUCCAAAACGCAGCACCGUAAACGCAAGGCGUUUGCCAGUCGUGCGUGGCAGCCUGAGCCCGGAGGAUCUUUCCCAGCACCUCAGGGAGGCUACUCUUCUGCCUGGCACUGCGCUUGGAGACCAUUGCAGCCCCACUGCCCACCCUUUCACUCCUCGCCCGCCCAGUGCCUCUGCAUACCUGCGAGUGCAUUAUUCCAGACCCGUCCGGGCACUCCCGAGGAGCGUGGCAUUGCUGUAACGGCAGCCUCUUUUCUUGCCUGCCUUGGGGUCAGAGCAGAAAUCACCUAGGAGGAUCACUGUGUCUGUAGAAGUGAAAGCGUCCGGUUUGCCUAAACGGUAUAGGAUCGCACAGGCCCAUCCUGAUACAGGACCCGCAUCCUUCGGUUAGGGGCAGGCAACCUACCACCAAAGAUGCCCCUUGGGUGUCACCGCAGUGUAUUUGUCUCUAGUGGGCCCUGGCUUCAGAGUCCAAGGCCUAGAAAUCCCCAUCCUGGUUACUCCCAAAAGGUGACGGUGCCCUUGCAGACGUGUCUGGUCUGGAAGAGGGUCCCACAGGCUGCAUCAGAGAGAGCCAGAGACUUGCUGGAGCAGUAGCUGAUGCUUUGAAGAACCAUGUUGCUAAAUUCUUCUGCGCGCCUCUGGUAGAGCAGUGUCCGAGUAAUGUUUGCUCCCCAGAUCCUUGCAAGACCCUUGCACCCUUUCUACUGCUUGUCUCAUUUACCAAGGGUAGGGUGCUGUGGAUAAGACCUCUCACCUUUUGGUGGGGGUAUGACAAGGGUUUUCUUGGAUGGACCCCAGAGAAAUAUCUGCCGGGUAAAACCUCUGCAGUCGUUACAAGUAGGAGGUUGAGGGCGGCAGAGCUGAGCGUUAGGGUGCUGGUCGGAGAUUGUGUAUGGCCGGGGAAUGGCGCCUCAAAGCUGGAGUGUUUUUUAAAGCCUGUGGGUAGGAUCCAUGUAGAUGAGGCAAGCAACCCCAAAGUGCUUGGACAUCUAUUCCAGAUGUGCUGCCAUUGCUGGCCAGCAGCAGAUGUUCCUAACAGCCAGCGAGGCUACUGACUUCCCCCUAAACACUGAGUGGAAAAUCUCCCUUCGUCCUCCGGUGAGAAGUCACUUUGUGAUUUCAGUGGCAGGUUUGGUGUCAAAGCGGUGGCCUCGGCACAGCUAUUCUGACUCGUGGCCUUGCAGCCGUUGCAUUGAGUUGCCGGAGAGGAAGUUUGCACGCAUUUUCCCUCCGACCUCUUGGCUGAGCAGCCAUGGCCAGGCCUUGCGGUGACCCGUGGAGCCAAGAAAAGCAGCUUUAUUGUACCUUUUGUUGCUUGUGGUCCAGGAUUUUCAAAAGCGGGUGUCUAAAGCCAUCUGUAGACACCUUGAAUGAAUGGUCUAGUUUUACAGGAAGCCUGGUUGCUGCUGCUUUCUUCAGGCCCAGCGGCUGGACUCUUGCCCCGGCCUUGGGUAUCCGUGUUUGGCCAUGAAGUAUCCCUAAAGGAAACACAAAGGGCCUGAAAUGUUGGGAUUUUUUUUCCAGUUUUCUUUAUUUUACAUGCAAAAUCCACAGCUUGACUUGUGUCCUCCUGGAAGCCUCUGGAUGAAUGGAAAGCUUGGUAGGCUGUGGGUAUUAUACCAACAAAAGCAGACCUGAUUGACUGAAAGGCAAAGCAAGAGAUUUUUCUGUGCUGUUUAAUUUAAUGCUAAUCCUCAUUUAUCUCCAAAAAAAACAAAAAAACAAAACCCAGUAGGGGAAGAAAACUUAGGUAGAGACUUGGCACCCUGGGCACCUUCUCAAAGGGUCAGGAGACGCGCAGACCACGGUCUGCCUCUCUGGAUCUUCCCAGCAAAACCGGGGACGCCUAGUCUGACAUUUCUGAGCGCUUGAAUUAAAACCAAUAAGCAGGAACAAUAACCACUCCAUGCCUUUCUCAAAAAAAGGGUGCAGACAGGGCCACCCACCUUUCUAAUGGCCUCCCCCAGCCCGUCACCUCUUCAGACCUUCCCAACCAUUGAGACUCGGAGCACUGACAUGGCUCCAUGCCUUCCCACGCACUUCAGCAACCCGAAGGGACAGCUGCACGGACGCACACGUCUCCCCACAUCGGAAGAGCCUUGGUGCACUUUGCGAAGGAAGUGAACUGUGUGUGAGCUUUGGGCGGGAGGGACGUUAUUAACAGAAAUAAAUGUGCAUUUCCUCUUGCUUCCUGUGUGCGAGCGUGUUCUGAAAGCGGCCGUGGUUCCCGUCUGCUUUCGAUGCUCUCCGACGGGGAGGGGAAAUUAAAAAUAGCGACUAGUGAAAGGAGGCGGCGGAAGGAGCGUGGUGCACCCAUGCAAAUAGGCAGCUCUUGAUUUGGUUAGGCGUACUUCAGUAACUUUGCACGUGUAAAUUAUAUUGUGGGUCUUGCAAUAAAGCUGACGUGGCGGCGCUUGGGCUCGAAGAGCUUUUGACAGCAGGGUUAGCGGGAGCCAGCUUUGGAAGACACAAAGGGUCUCGGUCAUCCCAAAUGAAAACAGUUGCUUUAUCUUUUCCCAAACGGAUUACAUUGAAGCAAAAGUAAGAUGCUUGACUGAAGUACGGUUUAAAAGGUCUACUCCCCUCGCAUCCGGCCGGCUGGCUUCGUAGCCCGGCAUCAGCUGUUAAUUUAGUUGGUGGAUGCUGUCUGGUGAAGGAAGGGAUUUGUCUGGUUUCCUCACUCACUCUGGGGCCGGGAAAUACUGUGCAUCACGUUUUCAAGCAUAUAACAGGCAUUCCUGGGGUCUCUUUUAAGUGCUCUGCUUUACUUUAGAUAAUGUAUUCUCCCAAAGAACUUUUUUUUCCCCCCUGCUGGUUCUUUCUCUGAAACAAAGAAUUGCAUACUUUCCUUUCGAUUUUUCUGGGCAAUCUUGAUAGUUUGUAGAUUAAACCCAGUCGACAUUUCUGUUUUGUUUUGUCUGAGCCAUAGCUAAAUUAUUAUGCCCAGUGCUUUUAUACCAGACAGCAUCACUUUGGAUAUGCAGCUGAGGUAUAGGAUCUUGACACUUUAUAACCUUUUUUUAAAUGGAAAAAAAAGAAGUUGUCUGUCUACUUACGUCUUGUGUAAAAAAAAAAAAAAAGAAAAAGAAAAAAAAAGAAAGAAAUGUACGCCUUUUAGUAAUCACUUUUUUUGAGUUUAUAAAAUUCCCAAGGUGGUUUCACCUCCGGCAAAGCAAGAGAAAAUAAAAGGCUUCACUGUUUUGUACGUCA